UCCAUUAACGGUGCCAUGAGAUGCAUGGAAUCAGCACAUGGAAUUCAAUUACCGAUGCUCCGCUUGCGCUCCGUGGAGGUGUUAGGCCCAAAGAACUCGGCCAAUAAUUGCUCGAGCACGUCCAUAUGGAAAGACCACGAAAUAGCAGGUUGGAGGGAGGAUGGGGUCAAAACGAGUGGAGGGCUCGUACUUGUAUGCAAGAGAAAGUGCGGAUGGUGGCACAACGACGAAGGCCCCCACUUGACUUUUGUUUUUUGGGCCACAGCUCAGAAGUUGACCCCACGUGGAGACAAACGGCAGUGGAACAAGCGUGGAGGAACGGGCAAAGAAAGGAGGACAGUAAUAGACCGCAAGUAGUUCAAAUUCUUUGGAAAGGAUAGCGAAUGAAAGAAUGAAGAUAAAGCGGAUACAGCAGAUGGUGAUGGUGCUGGCGGGCAGACCCUUUCGUAUUCUUCAUCCCAGAAUAACGGCCCCACCAUCGAACCCU